ACUUGAGCCCAGCCCUGUCUGCCUCCAGAGCCUGCACUUGCAACAGCCGAGUACCAAGGCCUCUGCCAACCACAACAGGCAGAAGGACUGCUGUAGCAACCUCACAUGAGGGCUGGGGCCGGCGGGUUGCAUGUGCCCGUCUGGAAGCUUAUCUGGCAUGCCAGGGGCUGUUUAAUAUUUACUGAGUCCUCCCAGACCUGGUGAAACAUCCGGCCCCAGAGGCUCUCCCUGCCCCGGCUUCUGUGACACCUGGGCCAGGCAUGUAGCCUGAUUUGGCCAUCUGGAGGCUGCACGCGCAUCACCUUCCCCGGGUGGGCGGGCCCUCAGAGUGGCCACUGUGCCUGUUGAACCUCAGACAAGGAGCACAGGGCUCAGAGCUUUCCCAGGAGCAGGUGCAUUCAGGUAUGGCUGCAGCAGUGAGGGUAUAAGGUCCCCAGGUGGAUGGAAGCAGGGCUAGGCCAAGGGUGCACACCUGCUGGGGACUGGCGGUGGGAGGUGGGAGUGAGCGGGCUCCUGCAGCCCCACCUCCAAACUGCCUGCCCCACUGCCUGCUGCCUGCCUGCCGGGGUCUCUAACCUGUCAGAAACCCGCCUUUCCCCGAGGCUGCAGCCCUGACCGUCUCUGCCAGCCUUGAGAUGGCAACCUUGCGGAGGGCCCGGUUCAAAAGAAAGUCCAUCAACAGGAACUCCGUGAGAUCGCGAAUGCCUGCAAAAUCCUCCAAGUUGUACAGCACGCUGCGAAAGGGGUCGGUCUGUGCAGACCCCAAGCCCCAGCAGGUGAAGAAGAUCUUCGAAGCAUUGAAAAGAGGCCUCAAGGAGUAUCUGUGCGUGCAGCAGGCUGAGCUGGACCACCUGUCUGGAUGCCACAAGGACACCAGGAGGAAUUCCAGGCUGGCUUUCUAUUACGACCUGGACAAGCAAACGCGCUGUGUGGAAAGGCACAUUCGGAAGAUGGAGUUUCACAUCAGCAAGGUGGACGAGCUGUACGAGGACUACUGCGUCCAGUGCCGCCUGCGCGACGGUGCCUCCAGCAUGCAGCGGGCCUUUGCCAGGUGCCCCCCGAGCCGCGCGGCCCGAGAGAGCCUGCAGGAGCUGGGCCGCAGCCUACACGAGUGUGCCGAGGACAUGUGGCUCAUCGAGGGGGCCCUGGAGGUUCACCUGGGCGAGUUCCACAUCCGGAUGAAAGGCUUGGUGGGCUACGCACGCCUCUGUCCCGGAGACCACUAUGAGGUGCUCAUGCGUCUGGGCCGCCAGCGCUGGAAGCUCAAGGGUCGGAUCGAGUCAGAUGACAGUCAGACCUGGGAUGAAGAGGAGAAGACCUUCGUCCCCACGCUGCAUGAGAACCUGGACAUCAAGGUGAUGGAACUGCGGGGCCUGGGCUCGCUGGCUGUGGGCGCAGUGACGUGUGACAUCGCCGACUUCUUCACGACACGGCCGCAGGUCAUCGUGGUGGACAUCACAGAGCUGGGUACCAUCAAGUUGCAGCUGGAGGUGCAGUGGAACCCGUUUGAUACUGAGAGCUUCCUGGUGUCACCCAGCCCCAUAGGCAAGUUUUCUAUGGGCAGCAGGAAGGGCUCCUUGUACAACUGGACACCCCCGAGCACUCCCAGCUUCCGGGAGAGAUACUACCUGUCUGUCCUACAGCAGCCAACACAGCAGGCCUUGCUACUCGGUGGCCCAAGAGCCACCUCCAUCCUCAGCUACCUGUCUGACAGCGACCUCCGGGGUCCCAGCCUAAGAAGCCAGAGUCAGGAGCUGCCUGAGAUGGACUCCUUCAGCUCUGAGGACCCCCGAGACACGGAGACCAGCACGUCAGCGUCCACCUCAGAUGUGGGCUUCCUGCCCUUGGCCAUCGGCCCCCACGCCUCCAUUGAAGAGGAGGCCCGGGAGGACCCCCCGUCCCCAGGUCUCCUGCCAGAGAUGGCCCACCUCUCGGGAGGCCCAUUUGCAGAGCAGCCUGGCUGGAGGAACCUAGGAGUGGAGAGCCCCAGCCUGCCACAGGGCUCCCUGUUCCACAAUGGCACAGCCCCAAGUAGCCAGAAAGGCCACGAGGAAGGGGCAACCGGGGACAGAGAGGAGGGUGCUGGUGUGGCCCUCGAGGGGCCUCUGCAGGAGGUCCUGGAGUUGCUGAGGCCCACGGACUCCACCCAGCCCCAGCUCCGGGAGCUGGAGUACCAGGUCCUAGCUGUCCGGGACCGGCUGAAGGUAUGCCCACCCCGCCCUGGGCGGCGGCCCUGCUUUGCUGAUGGCAUGAUGACUGGGAGUGGGCUCUGGGGCCACACAGCCUGGGCCGGCAUCCUGGCCUCAUCCCUGCGCGACCUGGGUAGGCCAUGUCUCUGUGGGCCUUGGUUUCCUCAUCCGGCAAGUGGGGAUAACAACAGCCCUCUUGGGGCUCAGGAAGAUUCUAAGAGUUCAGAGUAACAGCUCAGCACGUCCAGCCAGAACCUGGCCCGUCUUGCACCUUCUGACCUGGGUGGGUGGGGCUGUGGCUCGUGGCUACAAACCCAAACUUGGAGUGUUGUCAGGUUCGGAGCUGGCUCCGUGGAAGGCCCCACACCGUUCCGCUUGCCUCAUCCACGCACCCCACACCGAACCUUCUCCUCCACAGGGCUCAUACCCCAGGGCGUUCUCAGUUCACAGGAGGGCUCAGGUGGCAGGUGGCUUUCAGAGGCGCUGACCUGGGCAAAUUAUUAUAUUCCCCUCUUGUGUUUACACAAAUUUGAAUGUACAUAAAAUGUAUACCACUAGUACCUAUUAAUACAUCUAUUAACUUAAAGACAUCCUUCCCUGGACACCCUAUUUUAUUUUUUAUGUAUUUAUUUUUUGAGAUGGAGUCUCGCUCUGUUGCCCAGGUUGGAGUGUAGUGGUGCAAUCUCGG